UUAUUCCUCGUGCUCGGCCGGGAUCAUGAAGAAUCGUUGUAUUGGUAGCCUUCGUGGGUUGCAGAUGUAGUCGUGUGGUCGUUGAUGCUCGCCAUCGUGCUGGUAUUAAGGGGGCUUUUCCCGGUCUGUGAUAUGGACCUUCUCUUCCUAAAUUCGACGCAUUUGAAAAAAGUAUAGUCUUUAUCUAGGUCUCAGACGAGUAGUAUCAUGCGUCGUUAGAGUCUAGAACUGCUAAGCGCAAUCCUGGCAUUGUUCCAAAAAAGAAAAAUGUUUCCGGCGUAUUCGCCCACAGAUUUGGAGUACAGAAGUGACUCCGAAAGUGUUGCGUCGCAUAAAUCUGCGGCGACGAGUAUUACUUCUAUCUCCAACGAAACUUCAGACUCGGAGAGACCGGCAUUUGCAGGCUACGCACGGUACGUGUUUUACAGUCAUGAUUUGGAACACGGGGCAUCAGUCAUGGUUGAGUUUGCGCAAAUAUACAUGAAGAUGAAUAUCUAUCAAGGGAAGAAGUAGAGAAACCUGCAUGGUAUUGCGAAACGAGAGCGUCCGUAUUGGAGACAAGAGAACAGCCACGAAAACGUAAAUUGUCAGGUUUGCCCCGAACGCCGUUCCUAUCGAAGUGCCGAACAUCAAGGAGCAACAGGCGAAAUGGGAAAAAAUUGUUUCCCGCGACGGAAU